UUUUCUGCAAAUCGAGUGGAACAUCGAUCACGACUCCGACGGUUUUCCCUGCCUCUCACUGUUCGCUUGAAGCUGGAAAGUCUCUCGUGCUUUUGAGAAUCUUUAGUUUUGCAAUAUGGAUUGUUGUGGUUGCAAAAGCCCUGAUGAUUUUCUCCAGCUUGUGAAAAGAAACAAUCCAGGAGAGGAUGAAUUCCACCAAGCAGUUGAGGAGGUUGUGCAUUCAAUCUGGGAUUUCCUCAAGGCACAUCCUGAGUACAUCAAAGCUGGAGUCAUGGAGCGUCUUGUAGAACCUGAGAGGGUUGUCAUGUUCCGAGUACCAUGGAGGGAUGACAAGGGCCAGGUCCAAGUAAAUAAAGGCUACCGUGUGCAAUUCAGCUCUUCAAUUGGCCCAUACAAAGGAGGUCUUCGUUUUCACCCAACUGUGAACCUCAGCAUCUUAAAAUUCCUUGGCUUUGAGCAAGUUCUUAAAAACAGCUUGACAACCCUCCCUAUGGGUGGUGGUAAGGGUGGAUCCAACUUUGACCCCAAAGGAAAAUCUGACACUGAGGUGAUGAGCUUCUGCCAGUCCUUUAUGACAGAACUUCAGCGGCAUAUAGGCCCAGAUACUGAUGUCCCAGCUGGCGAUAUUGGGGUGGGUGGCCGUGAAAUAGGAUUCUUGUUUGGACAGUAUAAAAGAAUCCGCAAUGAGUUUACUGGAGUACUUACUGGAAAAGGAAUAACAUGGGGAGGAAGCUUGAUACGACCAGAAGCCACUGGUUACGGCUUAUUGUACUUUGUUGAGGAGAUGGUCAAGGCAAAUGGCAAGAGUCUCAAGGAUAAGAUAAUCACCAUCUCAGGAUCUGGAAAUGUAGCUCAGUAUGCAGCAGAAAAGGCCAUAGAACUGGGUGGUAAAGUAGUGUCAUUUUCAGAUUCUAAUGGAACUGUGUAUGAUCCCAGUGGCGUUGACAAAGACAAGUUAGCAUUUGUGAUGGAGCUGAAAAAUGUCCAGCGUGGUCGUAUCAAGGAAUAUGCCAAGAAAUACAAUUGUGAGUUUCAUGAGGGAAAAAGACCAUGGUUCAUCAAGUGCGAUGUUGCACUGCCGUGUGCCACACAAAAUGAAGUCAGCAAAGAGGAAGCCGAGAUGUUGGUGAARAAUGGAUGUACUAUAGUGGCAGAAGGUGCCAACAUGCCAACAUCACCAGGAGCCAUCAAAGUGUUCCAGGAAGCCAAAGUUCUGUAUGCACCUGGUAAGGCAACAAAUGCUGGUGGUGUUGCUGUCUCUGGGCUGGAGAUGAGCCAGAACAGCGAGCGUCAGGCCUGGACACGUGAUCAAGUAGACAAGAAACUUGCAGGGAUCAUGCAAUCCAUCCAUGAUACAUGUGUUAAGUACGGAUCUUYAGAGGGAAGCUAUAUUGAUUAUGUGAAGGGUGCCAACAUUGGAGGUUUUGUCAAGGUUGCCAAUGCAAUGAUGGAGCAAGGCCUUGUCUAACCCUCAUAUGGGAAGACUUCACUGGCCAGGAAAUACCAGGAACUACACACAUUUCUCAGUGGAUUGUGCUCAUCAAAUUCAAAAUCAUUCUGGAAAAUAGUUAUUUUGAUCAAUUUUAUUAUAGAGGUGCAUGCAUUUUUAUAUUUUCAGAUUUUCUAUGCUCAAAUGAAUACAAAUAUCUAAAAAGAGAUAUGAUCCAAAUUAGUGUUAUUGUAAAAUAAGUAUUUCACAUUUUAUUGCAUGUGUCCUGGGAGAUUGGAAUGCUAAACAAAAUCAUGGUUUUCAAUGCAAUACAUUGACCAAGUCCUUUACAAUUUUUAAUGUAAUUUUAUAACAAACUGUAAGCCUGAAGUAUGUUUCUAUUUGUGGGCUUUAUGGUUCGUGCUCUUUCAGAAAUAUAUGAAACAAGUAAAACAUGAUUAAAAAAACAUGUUUGAUUAUCUUA